AUGCAAUUCUUCAAGUCCGCUCUUUCGCUCUCGGCCCUGCUGAUGCUGGCAUCAGCUCUCUCCGUCGAGCGCAAUGUUCUAUCAUCCGGCGAUGUCCAGGCUAUGCCUCACGUAAUCGCCACCAACUUCAAAGCUUAUCGGGGACCUGCUAAUAACACGGCGCCCCCAGCUUCAUCCUUCGGUAUCUCCGCGACCGGCUGUGACGCAGAGGACGAGGCCGAUUGCAAGGAGUUCUGCCACCUCUCGGAGCAGACCGCUAAUCGUCGGCUCGCUUAG